AUCCCAGCUUGCCUCAGAAGCGUCGCGGAGAAGGGGCCACCUCAGGUGAAGCGCGCUUGUGGAAGAGUUGUUGUGGAGGACGCCUGUCGACUACCGGUAACUGGUCCUCAGCCAUUGCGUUGUGUUUCAGGCGUGAGCAGGGGAGGCGUCUGUCUAUCGCAGGUGUCCAGGCCAGAGGCUGCCCUUGACCAGUGAGUCAGGAAGCAUCUAAAUAUGGUGUCCUCCGGAAAAAAGUAUUCCAGGAAAUCUGGGAAGCCGUCUGUGGAAGAUCAGUUUGCGAGAGCCUAUGACUUUGAGACUGAAGAUAAGAAAGAUCUGAGUGGAUCAGAGGAAGAUGUUAUUGAAGGGAAGACUGCAGUCAUUGAGAAACGUAGGAAGAAAAGGUCUUCUGCAGGAGUAGUUGAAGAUAUGGGGGGUGAAGUACAGAAUAUGCUGGAAGGAGUUGGAGUUGACAUUAACAAGGCUCUUCUUGCCAAGAGAAAGAGACUAGAAAUGUAUACCAAGGCUUCUCUCAAAACUAGUAACCAGAAAAUCGAACAUGUUUGGAAAACACAACAAGAUCAAAGGCAGAAGCUUAACCAAGAAUAUUCUCAGCAGUUUCUGACUUUGUUUCAGCAGUGGGAUUUAGAUAUGCAGAAAGCUGAGGAACAAGAAGAAAAAAUACUUAAUAUGUUUCGACAGCAACAAAAGAUUCUUCAACAAUCUAGAAUUGUUCAGAGCCAGAGACUGAAAACAAUUAGACAGUUAUAUGAGCAGUUCAUAAAGAGUAUGGAAGAGUUGGAGAAGAAUCAUGAUAAUCUACUUACUGGUGCACAAAAUGAAUUUAAAAAAGAAAUGGCUAUGUUGCAAAAAAAAAUUAUGAUGGAAACUCAGCAGCAAGAGAUAGCAAGUGUUCGGAAGUCUCUUCAAUCCAUGUUAUUCUGAUGACUCUUUGAAGAAAGAACUUGAACCUAAGUAAUAUGAUACAAUUAUAACGUUAGCUAAGAAGCAUAUUGUAAGUCUUUAGAAUAGUUUAAUUGUAACAUCUUUAAUCAUAAACCUGUUUCAUUGUAAGACCUCCCUUUCUGUUAAGUCAAAUCUAAAUAGUUAUUAGUUAGCAACUAUUCCUAAAGAAUAUGUAUUAAGCUUUCAGCUCUUUAGUAAUGAUAGUGAAUUUUUCUCUCUAACACUGUCAAUUAAAUAAAGACGAUUUAAUUUUA